AAGAAAAUGAUAGCUAGUUGUGAUAGUCAUUUUAUAUAUCUCGGCCAGUGACUGAUUAGUCAUGAUAGAUAGAUAUCUUAUUAUUAAAUAGGCACUUAGCUAAAGUUAGCUAACGUUACGUUAACGUCGUCAGCCCUUGAGAUCAGGGCCUAGCUAGAUUUGUUACAUAGUCACUUUAGACUAUGGUUCUCUAGUUGAAACCAUAUAACGUUAGCUAGGUAACUGUUAGCUAGCUAACGUUAGACGACUCUAAUCAGCCUGCUAGCUAGCUAACUUACCUAAUACCCAUGCAUUAUUAUUAUGAUGAUGCUGCUCUAUCUAUGAAACGUUGAAUGUAAAUGUCGGAGGACCAGGAAGCCCAGGAGGAUGAGUUGCUUGCUCUAGCGAGUAUUUACGAUGAAGAGGAGUUUCACAGAGCCAAAUCUGCACAGGGCGGUGAGAUACAACUAUGCCUUGAACUUCCUCCUAGUUUCAAGAUGAUAGUCGAUGGAAACAAGCAGACCGAAUAUGACAUAUCUUUCCUACCUCCUCUGGUGCUUAACUUUGAACUUCCUGCUGACUACCCUUCUUCCUCAUCUCCGGUCUAUACACUAAGUUCCAAAUGGCUGUCAAGGGACCAGAUGACUUCUCUAUGCAAGCGCCUGGAUGGGCUGUGGGAGGAGAACCAGGGCUGUGUUGUUCUCUUCACAUGGAUCCAGUUCCUUAAGGAGGAGGCCUUUGCCUUCCUCGACGUCAAGUCUCCCCUGGAGGUGGUCAAGGGGGGCAACGCUCCGGUGGAAUGGAAGAGGAGUGAGGCUGGUGUGAAGCGGGCGGGGAGUCUAACCGGGGAGAAGGAUAAACUGGAGCCCCUGCUGGAGCUGGACCCCCGUGCUGUCCUGGUGGUUGACCCCCGUACUGAUAUCCUACCUCAGCUCCUGGACUUUGAUGAAGCUCAGCGGCAGAAGGUGUUUGACGCCAAGGCGUUCUGCUGUGGUAUCUGCUUCAUGGAGAAGCUGGGCUCGGGCUGCCUGUGCUUUAAGGAAUGCAAGCAUGUGUACUGCAAGACCUGCAUGACGGAAUACUUCCAGAUUCAGAUCCGCGACGGCAACGUUCAGUGCCUUAACUGCCCCGAGCCCAAGUGCACCUCCUUGGCUACACCCUCACAGGUCAAGCUCCUUGUCGGGGAGGAGUUGUUUGCGCGUUAUGACCGCCUUCUGCUUCAGUCCAGCCUGGAUCUGAUGGCUGACGUGGUGUACUGCCCUCGCCAGUCCUGCUGCCAGGCUGUGAUGGUGGAGCCAGACACCACCAUGGGCAUUUGCCCAGCCUGCCAGUACGCCUUCUGCACCCUCUGCAAACGGGGAUACCACGGCCUGUCCCACUGCAAGGUCACAGCAGAUGAGCUGCGAGGCCUGCGGGAUGAGUAUAUAUCUGCCAGUGCUGAGGGGAAGAAGUUCAUGGAGCAGCGCUUUGGGAAGCGGGUCAUCCAGCGUGCUGUGGAGGAAUCCUUCAGCAGGGAUUGGCUUAAUGAGAACUGUAAAGGCUGCCCUCGCUGUGGCACUAAUAUACAGAAGGUUGAUGGCUGCAACAAGAUGACUUGCACCUCGUGUAAGCAGUACUUCUGCUGGCUGUGUCUGGGCCAGCUCACACGUGUCAACCCCUACAGCCACUUCAACAACCCCUCCUCGCCUUGCUUUAACCAGCUGUUCCAGGGUGUGGAUAUUGAUGAAGAUGAUGCCUUUUGGAGUGAUGAAGAGGACUGAUGUGCAAUACCUCCCAUGCGUGCUUCAUUUGUAUGCACUUUAACCGCCCAUGGAUUUAGCCAAUACAAUUUCUCACCAUCAUUGAUCAGGCAUUUACUUACCCAAAAUACAUCAGUCAUUUCUGAUGGUUGAAUGGCUAGCGGAGAGCAAUUCCAGUUAGAAGUAGGCACAUUACCUUACUCCAAACAGCAGUCAAAUACUCAGGGCCAGUAUUUUUCUGAAAGAAUACUCGUGAAGAGAGUGUGAGCGAGUGUACCAAAAACAAAUGGGUUACAGUGUGUUUAGAUGAUUUGAACAGAUAACGUUGGUAUGUUUUAUCAAUCUCAAUAUGAAAAGGAAAUUCAGGGAUCCGGGGGUGAAAUCUUUCAAUCAAGUACAGAGGACAACAUUUUGGGAUAAUGUUUGUACAAUUUAAUGUCUGUCCUUUAGAACCACUUUAAUCAUGAUGAGUUAACUCUCUGUAUACCCGGAUACCAUCCAAACCAUGAGCUCACAGCUUGAUGUAAAAAAAAAAAAAAAGGGUGAAUAAAGCUUUGCCAAAUGUGACAUUCAUCCAAUGGCCAUCAAGAAAUUAUUUUUAGACACACUAUUGUCCUUUUUUGUAUGUUUUUCUUCCUUUUUCACCAAAAGGUACACUUUAUUUAUCAUGUAACAUGAUUUGUUUGAAUGGGACACACUCAGGAGGAGGCUGGUGGGAGGGGUUAUAGGAUUAUGGGCUCAUUGUAAUGGCUGGAAUGGAAUUAAUACAAUUAAUACAAUGGGUAAUACAAUGGGUUGAUACAUGGUAAUACAAUGGGUUGAUGCAUGGUUUCCAUAUGUUUGAUACAAUUCCAUUUACUCCAUUCCAGCUAUUACAAUGUGCCCAUCCUCCUAUUGCUCCUCCCGCCAGCCUCCUCUGACGCACACUGUUGAUUAGGUUAAAUAUGGCAUUGUUUCAGUACAAAAGAUAUGUCCGUAACCACCCUGACAUUUGCUAGUUACUCCCUACUCGCAUUAUGAUCUUCAUUGAAACUUUUCAGAAAGUGAGGCUAAUUUGGAAAUGGACAUCAAUGUAAAUCACAUUCAAAAUACAUGUCCUGCUCUUAAAAUAGUUAUAUUGUGCUUUUCACUUUUAUCUGUUAAUGUUGAAGGGGGACAGUCUUUAAUAUUUGCAGUAGUCCUGAAUUUAAAAAGUGUUGUAAUAACCAUAAACAUACAUAAAUAACCCUUUGGUUUUAGUGUUCAUUCCCAUGUUGGGGGUUUUAGGACAUUCUUCAUGUGUUCCUUUUCUCAAUACAUGUUUUAUGAAGUUAUCAGAAAUGUACUCCCUUGUUUAUUUUGUCACACUGUAUUAAGAGUGAACAUGUGUUAACAGAAUCACUUCCAGUCCAUUCCUAUACUUGCAAAAGUGCUUGUACCUUGAUACCGCUGCAUGCAAUUAUAGUUCCUUAUAUCUUG